AUGUCCGACUUCGAGGAUGAAAUGGACGUUGACGUCCCUCGCAAGGACAUUCAUUUCAGUGCAGACGGACAUGCUGGCAAGCAGAAACGGGUGGUGGCCGAUCUUCCAGUAGAGAUCGGUGACAGUCUGCCAUGGGUUGAGAAGUACCGCCCGAAUACCCUAGACGAUGUCUCUGGUCACCAAGAUAUCCUCGCAACCAUCAAUAGAUUUGUCGAGCACAAUAGGUUACCACAUUUAUUGCUAUACGGUCCACCAGGCACUGGCAAAACAUCCACAAUCCUGGCCCUUGCUCGUCAGAUAUAUGGAACCAAGAAUAUGCGUCAGAUGGUGCUCGAAUUGAAUGCAUCUGACGAUCGAGGAAUUGAUGUGGUCAGAGAACAAAUCAAGACAUUUGCCAGCACGAAACAGAUAUUCUCUUCAUCUACGCAACAAGCUGCGACAAGUACAAAGUCAGGUUUAACCGGUUUCAAGCUGAUCAUCCUGGACGAGGCCGAUGCUAUGACUUCAGCCGCUCAAAUGGCUCUUCGCCGCAUAAUGGAGAAGUACACAGCUAACACUCGAUUUUGUAUUAUUGCAAACUACACUCACAAGCUGUCGCCUGCUCUCCUUUCUCGAUGUACUCGCUUUCGAUUCUCCCCUCUAAAAGAAGUAGAUAUUCGUCGCAGUGUUGACGUGGUUGUUGCAAGAGAAAGUGUCAAUAUCGCACCGGAAGCUAUUGACUCCCUGGUAUCGCUUUCGAAAGGGGACAUGCGGAGAGCCUUGAAUGUGCUACAAGCUUGCCACGCUGGAUCUAGGCCGUUGCCUGUGAAAGGACAGCCGCCGUUGAAGGACUCAGAGAUAACAUACGAAUUGAUCACGAAUGACACGAUAUACAACUGUAUCGCGGCACCACAUCCGGAAGACAUUAGAACGAUCAUGACUACGUUACUAGAGACAGCAGACAUCACCUCCUGUCUAAACACUGUCAACGCUUUGAAGUCAAGUCGAGGUUUGGCGUUAGCAGAUAUUUUGACCAAUCUUGCAGACCAAUUGCAAGAGCUGGACGUCCCUGCUGCCACCCGAAUAACUUGGCUCGAAGGACUUGCGGAGAUUGAAUUCAGGCUCAGCGGUGGAGGCAGUGAAAGUGUACAGACAGGAGGUAUGGUCGGUGUUGUGAGAAACGGCGCUGAUCUUGCAGGAUCAAAGGGCUUGAAGGCUUAA